AUGAAGACUCUGUUGAAGAAGCUGUCUUAUUCAACAUUGGCUUGUUCAGGCCCAACCAAUUCCAACCUCAUCUCCUACUUCUCCCUUAUUAACUCCUCGCCAAACUGCAAGCAUUUACGCCACCUUCACGCUCGCUUGCUCAGGACCUCGCUUUAUGACAAUGUUGUUCUUAGUUCUAGGCUUGUUUUGGCUUAUUCUCGGUACAAACACCUCGUCCCUUACUCUCUUUCCGUCUUCUUUCAUAUGCCCCAAAGGAGUAUCUAUUCUUGGAAUAUCAUAAUCGGCGAGUUCUCCCGCUCCAAUUCCCCCCUUCAAGCCAUACAUUUGUUUCUUCAUAUGUGGCAGAGCUCUAAUGUCAGACCUGAUGACUUCACUCUCCCGCUUGUUUUAAGGGCAUGUGUGGGUUGUGGACUGUUGCAACUAGCUGUCUCUUUUCAUGGGUUGUGUCUCAAAUUGGGUUUCGAAAGGAGUCCAUUUGUUGCUUCUGCUUUGGUUUUCUUGUAUGCUAGUUUUGGGAAGAUUUUUUAUGCGCGAGUCCUAUUUGAUGGAAUGCCAAAGAGAGAUGCAGUGAUGUGGACGGCAAUGUUGGAUGGAUAUGCAAAACAUGAGGAACCGACUUUGGGUUUGGAAUUGUUUAGAGAGAUGGUCGUUGCUGGGGUUACGCCUGAUUGGGUGGUUAUGUUAAGCUUGGUUUUAAUGUGCGGACAAUUGGGGUGGUUAAAGCAUGGGAAGAGUGUUCAUGGAUGGUGUGUGAGAAGGUGGUUGGGGAUGGAAUUGAAUUUAGGGAAUGCUAUUGUUGAUAUGUACUUAAAGUGUGCUAUGUUAACUUAUGCUCACAGGGUUUUCGAUAUGAUGAACCAAACAGAUGUCAUUUCUUGGAGCUCUCUCAUAUUGGGAUACGGGUUGAGCGGGAAUGUUACUACUGCAUUGGAACUUUUUGAGGAUAUGAUUGCCAAGGGGAUAAAACCCAAUGAAGUUACAUUUCUUGGUAUAUUAUCAGCAUGUGCGCAUGGUGGAGAAGCAGAAAUAGCAACUUCAUGUUUUGAAAUGAUGAGAGAUUAUGGGGUGACGCCAGAGUUGAAACACUAUGCGAGCAUGGUUGAUUGUUUGGCGAGAGCAGGGCUUUUGGAGCAGGCAGAGGAUUUUAUAAAAGGAAUGCCUAUGGAACCUGAUGCAGCCAUUCUAGGAGCAAUUGUAGCCGGGUCUCGAGUUCAUAAUAAUGUUGAAGUAGGUGAACGAAUAGCAAAGAAACUUAUUAGUCUAGAGCCAGAGAAAGCAGGUUAUUAUGUGUUGUUGUCAAACAUAUACGCCGCUGCUAGCAAGUUUGAUGAAGCUGAGAAAGUGAGGGAGCUAAUGAAGGGGAAAAAUGUAUCCAAAGUAGCAGGUUGUAGCUUGAUUGAGUCGAAGACAUGGCUUUCUUCUUCACCAAAACAAUGAAGGUUUUUUUGGUUGCUUUGCUGUGCCUACGAGUAGGUAGAUAAAGAAUGUUGGGGGUCUUAUAGGGCCUGAAAUUGGUUGGCCUUAUAGAUUUCCAUGGGCUACCCGCCCCAUUCUCCACUCCAACAUCGUUUUUUAUUAUCAAGAUUAAUGUAAUGGACCACGUAUUUGCUUGUAUAUUAUAUAAUUUAUAUUAGGAACUUGAAAA